CUCUAGCACUGCUAGCAACAUGGGCACCAUUUCACCCCAAGACUUGUUCCUCGACCCCACCACGUCUGCCCCGAACUCCACCGCGAUCACGAACUUGACGUCACCUUCCAUAUAUGACGGGUCUCCUGAGCUUCAAGAUUAUGAUUUUGAACUGUCCCCGAAUAUUGGUGGUAACAACGAUUUCGACCAUGGCUUUAGUAGGGCAUGGCCUUCUUUGUUUCCCGAGGAUAACCCAGUUGUCAAUGCUGCCUCUACCGCUGACGAAUUGUCACCGGCACAGCAGUCUGAUGAGCAAGAGGCGGCGGAACCCGCUUCUAAACCUCGUCGCAAAUCUGGUAACUCCCCGUCGUCCGGGAAUCAUGGCAGACACUCUUCAGUCUCUGGUGUGAACCCUCGUCGUCGAGACAAACCACUUCCUCCUAUCAUAGUUGAUGAUCCGAGCGAUUCGGUUGCCAUGAAGCGAGCGCGAAACACACUGGCAGCUCGUAAGUCUCGUGAACGUAAAGCGAUACGAUUUGAGGAACUUGAAGCGAAGAUUGCUGGUCUUGAGAAAGAGCGUGAUUUUUGGAAGAGGAGAUGCGAAGCACUAGAAUCUCAAACUGGUUAAUAUUGGUAACGUUAUGGGAUGUGUGUUGCACGAAACGAACUGGAGGGUAGCCCAAUGAUGGCGACCCAUCCACUUUCAGCGAGGCAGCAGUACCAAGUUGGUACUAUCGGCGCAAUCAGAUAAGACGCCAUCUGCCGUGGGUAUAUAGUAUAGAGAGUUCUUACGUGUCGUUUCCAAGCAUAUUUUUGGGGUUCCCGCAGCUGAGGAACGAAUUAAAACAGGUGGCCGGUAUUUCCUAGUGUCUGUUUUCAAUAGUCAAAUAGUCUCCGCCACUUCCCAUUGGGUCUUUUUGGGCCAGAUAUCAAUACAACGAGUUCAGUGUA